AUGGAUGCCCGCUACAACCUCGAUGACCUGGAGGACUUCACAUUCGACAGAGUCAUGCAGGUUACAACGAACGACGCCGACUGCCUGCGCUGGUGCAUGAGUAUUGGCGGCGUUGGAUCCGUCGUUGAAAUUGACGAAACGUCGCUCAAGAAAAAAUCCAAGUACAACCGUGGUACGCGCCACCCAGAGUGUUGGUUAUUUGGUGGCGUUGACCGAGCAACCAAGAAGUGGUUUGGCGUGCUAACGUAUGAAGACCGCACGAAGCCGGUGUUGUCUGCGUUCAUUGGAAAACACAUACGACCUGGAACCUUGAUCAUGUCUGACAAGUUCGGGUCGUAUGUGUCCACCAAUGAGCGCCACACCUUGGCAAACAAUCCAGCUUUGGCGGGCAUGGGUUACACGCAUCAGUGGGUGAACCACUCUGAAAACUUCGUGAACGCAGCGAACGGAGCCCACACACAAGGUAUUGAAGGUGUGUGGGAGAGCGGCCAUGGCCCUCGCCACUUGCACCUCGCCACUGCCACGUCGCUGGUGAAUCUGACGAACACGGACCGCAAUGCCAUCCUCCGUCGGCUGCUAGCACUUGUCACGCCGCAAUCAUCGACUCAAAGAUCGACGAACUUGCCCAAGAGACACCGUUGA